CUUUUUUUUUUUCUAAAGGGAGGCUCAGCGGAAGCCCCGAGUUAUAAUUAGCCCCACUCGGGUUUCCUGAUUAAUCUCCAGCAACGCCACUAUCCCCAGAUCCAGACGAACAGGGCUGGCUGGGUGAUGGGUGAACGCCCGGAGGGGGUAGUUCCGACCCGGGGAAUUUUGAUCUCUUGGCUGGAGAUGCCGGAACUACAACAGCUGUUGCCCCCAAAAUAGCACCCCUGCCUUUGCAGCGGGGAUCUCCGGAGCUCCGGAACACAGGCGUCCUGACUCGCCCUUCAGUCCCCUCUGCGAUGCUCACGAUCCUUCAGAUCCCCCCCACAUCAAGGCUCGGGCGGGGAGCGCUGGCCUCCUCUUGGUCUCUGCUGCUCCCGGUUGGCAGCGGCAGGCACUGCAAUAUAGGGAUGCAUAGGGGCUUGAGUCCUGGGGAGCCCCUCAAGGGGCUGGUGAGCCAAUUGGCUGGAAUCAGGAGAGAGGGGUGCGGCUGAUGAGAAGCAAACGGGUACCAACCGGCUGUACCAGGAAGAAGAUGAGGCGGAGCAGGGUGGGGCAAGGUGUGGACUGGACAGGAUUUGGGAUGCCUUCAGGACCUGGGACUCCCAACACCUUGAAUGCCCAACCCAGUCCCUGAAGGCUUUGGCCAACCCAGGAGAGACUUGGGAUGUGCUUUCUUACCAAAACUUGCACGCUCCUGAAGGGCCCCACCCGGCUUCGAGAGCCCCGCCCCUGUCCUGAGGCCUGUACAAGAACUGAGGCCUUUCCAACCCAGCUCUACAUCCGCCUGUCAUGGCAGUCAUGAGGCCUUCCUGGUAUCCCCUGCACACACCCUCCCUGACAUCUCCCCUCCUCUUCCUCCUCCUCUCCCUCCUGGGAGGAGGGGCAGGGGCUGAGGGCCGGGAAGACCUACAGCUGCUGGUGAGGGUUCGAGGGGGCCAGCUGAGGGGCAUUCGCCUGAAGGCCCCUGGGGGCUCAGUUGCAGCUUUCCUGGGCAUCCCCUUUGCAGAGCCACCUGUGGGCUCGCGUAGGUUUAUGCCACCAGAGCCCAAGCGGCCCUGGUCGGGAGUGUUGGAUGCUACCACCUUUCAAAAUGUCUGCUACCAAUAUGUGGACACCCUGUACCCUGGGUUUGAGGGUACUGAGAUGUGGAACCCCAACCGAGAGCUGAGUGAAGACUGCCUGUAUCUUAAUGUGUGGACACCAUACCCCAGGCCUACUUCUCCCGCACCUGUCCUCAUCUGGAUCUAUGGGGGUGGCUUCUACAGUGGAGCAUCCUCCUUGGACGUGUAUGAUGGCCGUUUCCUGGCCCAGGUCGAGGGAACCGUAUUGGUAUCUAUGAACUACCGAGUAGGAACCUUUGGCUUCUUGGCCCUGCCGGGCAGCAGAGAAGCCCCUGGCAACGUAGGCCUGCUGGAUCAACGGCUUGCCUUGCAAUGGGUACAAGAAAAUAUUGCAGCCUUUGGGGGAAACCCGAUGUCAGUGACUCUGUUUGGGGAGAGUGCAGGUGCAGCCUCGGUGGGCAUGCACAUUCUGUCCCCGCCCAGCCGCAGCCUCUUCCACAGGGCUGUCCUACAGAGUGGUACGCCCAAUGGGCCCUGGGCCACCGUGAGUGCAGGAGAGGCCAGGCGCAGGGCCACACUGCUGGCCCGCCUAGUGGGCUGUCCCCCAGGUGGCGCUGGUGGCAAUGACACAGAGCUGAUAGCCUGCCUGCGGACGCGGCCAGCUCAGGACCUGGUGGACCACGAGUGGCAUGUGCUGCCUCAAGAGAGUAUCUUCCGAUUUUCCUUCGUGCCUGUGGUGGACGGGGACUUCCUCAGUGACACGCCAGAGGCCCUCAUCAAUGCUGGAGAUUUUCAAGACUUGCAGGUGCUGGUGGGUGUGGUGAAGGACGAGGGCUCCUACUUUCUGGUUUACGGGGUCCCAGGCUUCAGCAAAGACAAUGAAUCUCUCAUCAGCCGGGCCCAGUUCCUGGCUGGGGUGCGGAUCGGUGUACCCCAAGCAAGUGACCUGGCGGCCGAGGCUGUGGUCCUACAUUAUACAGACUGGCUGCACCCUGAGGACCCUGCCCACCUGAGGGAUGCCAUGAGUGCAGUGGUAGGCGACCACAACGUUGUGUGCCCCGUGGCCCAGCUGGCUGGGCGACUGGCUGCCCAAGGGGCCCGGGUCUAUGCCUACGUCUUUGAACACCGUGCCUCCACAUUGACUUGGCCCCUCUGGAUGGGGGUGCCCCAUGGCUAUGAAAUCGAGUUCAUCUUUGGGCUCCCCCUGAACCCCUCGCUGAACUACACCAUGGAGGAGAGAAUCUUUGCUCAGCGACUUAUGAAAUACUGGACCAAUUUUGCCCGCACAGGGGACCCCAAUGACCCUCGAGACUCCAAGACCCCACAGUGGCCACCGUACACCACUGGAGCGCAGCAAUACGUGAGCCUGAACCUGAGGCCCUUGGAGGUGCGGCGGGGGCUGCGCGCCCAGACCUGCGCCUUCUGGAAUCGCUUUCUCCCCAAAUUGCUCAGCGCCACUGACACGCUGGACGAGGCAGAGCGCCAGUGGAAGGCCGAGUUCCACCGCUGGAGCUCCUACAUGGUGCACUGGAAGAACCAGUUCGACCACUACAGCAAGCAGGAGCGCUGCUCAGACCUGUGACCCUGGGGGGACCCUCAGGUCUCGCCGCCCUGCCCGAGCCCCUAGCUGUAUUAUAUACUAUUUAUUUAAGGGCUGGGAUAUAAUACAACCAAGCCCCAGACCCUGUCCACCCCAUCCCGACUCCCCCACCACCACUAGGGGCUCCCCUUCUGCAUGUCUGGGACCGAGCUCCCAUCCCCGCGGUGCCUUCGCCCCUCCGGGCCGCCAAUAAACUGUUACAGCCA